GUUGGCUCACUUCACGUCGCAUGGAUUUGACAUUUUGACCAUUAGCGGUGCACUUCAGUCGGAAUCAGUCGGAAUCAAACGCGUAAUCUGGGUUGGUUAACGUGGUGUUCGUCACCAUUCGUCACGGCGCGUGAAGUGCGUUACAUGCGGCUGCGUCGUUCGCAGUCGUUCGAUUGUCGGCCGAAUAAACAGCGAUUCGUCGUGCUACGUGUACGCCACAACUGCUAACUAGGGCACGACGAGUAAAGGGAUCCGUGCGUGAUACGAGCUAAAACAAAACCAAAAGAUGACAACUUGGCAAGCACCUGGUGCAGGGUUCUAUCCAGGGCAACAAGGUCCAGGUUCGUACCCGUAUCCUCAAAAUCCAGGGUAUCCACCACCACAAGAAGGCUAUCCAUACCCUCAACAAGCUCCAGGAUAUCCACCACCUUAUUCCGGUGGAAAUCCACCAGGUCCAGGAUUUAUACCUCCACCAGGUGUUCCACCAUACGGUGAAGCGCCACCGCCAGUUGGUCCAGAAUUCGGAGGAAUACCUCCAGGUCAUCCAGGAAUGUACGGGUCUGGUUAUGCAGAAGAUCCUAUGCAGGAUGAAGUUAAAGGAUUUGAAUUCAGUGAUAAAACUAUCAGGAAUGGCUUUAUUAGGAAAGUGUAUAGCAUCUUGAUGUGUCAGUUGCUUAUCACACUUGGGAUGAUUACUUUAUUGCUUUAUCAUAAACCGACACAAUUGUGGGUUAGAAGUCACUCAGAAUUGUUCUGGGUUGCUCUUGCCUUGACUCUUGUUCUGAUCGUAUGUAUAGCUUGCUGUACCAAUGUCAGGCGUAAAGCUCCGAUGAAUUUCAUAUUCUUGUUCCUAUUUACAUUUGCGGAAGCUUUUUUGCUGUCUGUAGUUGCAUCUACAUACGAGUCUCAUGAAGUCAUGCUGGCAGUUGGAAUUACAGCAGCAGUGUGUCUAGGAUUGACGAUAUUCGCAUUUCAGACAAAAAUCGAUUUUACCGGAUUACACACUGUUUUGUUUGUCGCUGUGCUAAUUUUAUUUAUUUUUGGUAUAGUUGCAAUGAUCUGGCAUGGAAAAAUUAUUACUUUGGUUUAUGCUUCGCUUGGCGCGCUAAUAUUCUCUAUAUAUCUGAUUUAUGAUACGCAAAUGAUGAUUGGUGGAAAACAUAAAUAUUCUAUUUCACCGGAGGAGUAUAUCUUUGCCGCAUUGAGUCUGUAUUUGGAUGUUAUCAACAUCUUCAUGUACAUUUUAACUAUUAUUGGCACUUCACGAGAUUAAUUGAUGUUAAUUAUGAUAUUUUGACUUGUGUUACAUUUACUAAGGAAUAUACACAUAAAGUCAGUUUUUACUUACCGCCGUCCUACUUUGCCUCUCCACAGUCAUUGUUCUGAGAGCGCACUGUAGGCGAACAAACAAUGAAGUAUAUGAAGGGGCGUAAUAUUGGCAAGACUUUAAUUUCUACGAAGAUAGCUUUUACAAAUUUUCAGAGAUUAAAAUAUCUACAUAAAAAUAGCACGCUUAUAUGUUUGAAACCUUUCGUGUAGUUUCAUAAGACAUGAAUAAUUUCCGACGUUUGAAAAGA